ACUUUCCGUGAUUGAUGAUGAUGACGUUGAAAUUGCAUGUGACUGAAGAGGGCGCUACACAUAAAAAUAGGCAGAAAUGACAGCAACGCGCACGCUGACUGCACUGAAUAAUGAAAACUGAUAGAUGCUGAUAGACAGUAACACAGGGAGAUGGAUGGUCUGCUGCCAUCAUGCAGAUCGGUCCUACUCCUCGGUGAAGGAAACUUCUCCUUUGCAAGGUCGCUGAGCCAGAAACUGAACCCAGAUGUGCGAGUCAUAGCCACGUCCUUCGAGGAGGAAGCUGCGGUCUGGAAGAGGGAAAACGGCAGAGAGAAUGUUGAGGCAUUGAGAGAAAGAGGUGUAACCUGCCUUUUUGGUGUAGAUGCGACUAAGAUCCAUGUCAGCCCACCUCUGGAGGGACAGAGCUUUGAUGGGAUCAUCUUCAAUUUUCCCCAUGUCCCUGGCAAAGCCAACAUUGCCAAGAACAGGGACCUUCUCCGACGUUUCUUUCAGAGCUGUGUGGUGAAGCUCACCCCAGUUGGUCAAGUCCUGGUAACCCUCUGCAACGGCCAGGGUGGGACUCCGGCCGACCAGCCGCAGAGGGAGAAACAGAAUUCAUGGCAGGUUGUGGACAUGGCAACCUAUGGGGACCUCAUCUUGACGGACACGGUGUCAUUCCAGGCAGGGGAGUAUCAAGAGUACAGUGCCACAGGCUAUCGUUGCUGCAGCAACGGCCAACAGGUCAAGCGCGUCAGAUCAAACCUCCUAGCUGUUCUUGCCUUCAACACGGCUUACUUUGUCAAGUGA